GUAAAUUUCGAAACUCAACUUGCGGUCACGCUGUUCGCUUAAGAAGAAGAGACUGCAAAGCAAAACAGCAAGAACAAAAAAAAUAAAUACAUUAUCGGCCCAAGGAAUUGUUUGUUUCAUUAACUUGCAGAAAUCCGAGUUUCUAAUACGCAAGCAUACAUAAAUGGUUUCUACUUUUAUUGGCCUAUUGGAUAUACAAUCAUGGUGGGAGAUACCGUGUAUUUCGCAUUUCUGUUCAUUGUUUAGUUCCGCCUUCGAUUUACCGGACAUUGACAUAGAGGAUCUCGAAUCGGCGCUGCUCUCCGAUGGUACCAGCGAGGAGGAUCAAGUUGCCUUAGUGCCCGAAUUAAUUGUACGCCUUUUAACAGGCUGCGAUGCGCUACAAUCGGUAGCCAAUGAGAUUACACACAGCAACUAUCAGAUGUUUUUGCGCCGUUUUCUGCGUCAACAGUGUCGCCUGCAUCAGACAGAGAAUCACUUUGAUACGGACAUAGAUUUCCAGUCGCUGCCCGUUCGCAAGCGUUUACAAAUUCUGCACGAUCUGUGCCACUUUCGUUUGGACUCUGUCGAUGUGCAGGUCAUACUCAGCAAUCUAGAGGCGGACAGUUUGCGCGUUGAGCCGCUCGGCUACGACGCCAAGAACUCCGGCUAUUGGUAUUUCUACGGUACGCGACUCUAUCGCGAAGAUAAAGCCGCCGGCACGGGCAGUGCAUCCGGUUCGGGCAAAGCUGCAGCUGCUGCUGCUGCGGCAUUGAGUGCGGGCGCUGGUUCAAGUGGCAAAACAACCAUUGGCAGCAACGGCACCAUUUGGCAGGUCAUUUGCUUCACCGAGGAGGAUUGGCAGAACUUGGCAGCUAAGUUUAAGACCUCAACGAAUGGUAAAGAGCGUGAGCUCUUCCAGAUACUUGAUGAGAACUUUCUGCCCAAAUUGCCGCAGCUAUUUCGCGAGCGUGAACGUCUGAGACGCCGCAAAUUGCUACAAGUGCGUAAUUCGAGUCGCAUACGGAAUCUAGCCGAGUUAAAGGCACGCCAGGAGGAGGAGCGCCUUAAGCGGGAUCGUGAACGUGAAAGAGAUCGUGUGCGUCGAGAUCGUCAGACCUCUCAGCACUUGGCACCGCCAGCGUCUCAGUCACGCUCGCGCAGACGUUCGCAAUCAACAUCAACGGCUAGCGGUAUUUCAACUUACGCAAGCUCUCUAAGACGUACAACAACAACUAAUUCGAGCGAAUUUCUGUGCCACAGGGAAACCUUUUGUCUCUCGCCAGAAGACGAUGACCAAAACGACGACGACGACGGGGAGACGACGCAAGACCAACAACAACAACAGCAACAAGAGCAAGAGCAGCAACAGCAACCACAAGAGCAGCAACCGCAAUUAGCAGAGCACCAGGAAGAGGAAGAGCAAGAGCAAGGGGAACAACAGCAGCAUCAGCAAGAGCAACAGCAACAAGAGCAUCAAUUAAGUGCUGCGUCAGAAGCAACAAGAUCUGAUAAAUUCCGUUCACCGGAACCGCCUAGAGAGAAAUCACAAACGCCAGCGAAAUUUAAGAGCAAGAGCCAUCAUCAUCAUCACCACCACCAUCAUCAUCAUCAUCAUCAUAAGAGGAAAAAGUCCGGGAAGAAGCAAAAGAAACGUUCACGCGAGCAUCGAGAUCGGGAUAAAGAGCAUCAUCACUAUCAUCAUCAUCGACGGCGACACAAGCAUGCGUCUGAACUCGACGACGAGGACGCCAACAACAACACCGACAACAACAACGACCAACAAACAACAACAGCAAGCAACAGCAGCAGUGCAAUACCCGCAAUCGGUGUACGCAAUCACACAAAGCGUCGUCACAGUCGCCAGCAAUUGCAAACGCAUCCCGCGACACCUGAGCCGCCGCUUCACGCAACCUCGCUCAGUCCCGAGGAUAAGGAGAACUUUUGUCGUCAGCUGCAGUUGCUAGAUGCCAACUCGGCGGCAAUUGCGGUUGCCACAAGCAUUGCGGAUCUGAGUCUGCCGUCGCCCGUGGCGCAUGACAGCGAGGAGCAAUUGCAAACGGAGCAACAAACAGCCGCAGCAGCAGCACAGACAACGCCCACAGUUGUUGCCAAACGCGAGGAGCAGAUGGCGCCAGCGGCGAAUGUUAAGCUGCCCGGCCGGCAAACCAAUAAUUCCCUCAGCUCCCUAACGGGCAACAUCUUCAUACCGACGGGCGCUGCAACCGGCGGCGCUAGCACAAACCAUCAACAGCAGCAGCAGCAACACAACAACAACAGCAGCAGCAACAACACAUCAGCCGAUAGUACAACAGCACGCUCCAAGAAGCAAAAGGCGGCCGCAGUUAGCUCAAGCUCAUCGAGUAAAACGGAACGCAGCGCCAACAAAUCGGAGGCGGUGAAAAGCAAGAAAUCAACAGCGGCAGCAGCAGCAGCUGCGGCGGCAGCAACAACAACAACAACAGCGACUGCACCGCCAUCCUCGGCCGCUUCGACGUCGUCCACAUCCAGCAAGGCGGAACGGCACAGUGGCGCCUACUCAGACAAGAGUGCCGAUGACCAUGUAAAUAGUACCAACCGUAGCACCACCAACAACAAAAGCAGCUUUAACAACAACAACAACAACCACCAUAAGCACGCGUCGCACCACAAUCACAACUACAACAACAACAAUCACAACCACUCUACGACGGAUGCAACAGCAACAUUAAUUGCAAAAACAACAACGUCGCACGGAGCUCAUACACCAUCACACCAUAACAACAACAACAACAAGAACAAUCACAAUCACAGCAACACAAACAACAACAACCACAACAACAAUAGCAAUCACACACACCACCACCAGCACACUACUCAUAGUCAUAUUAACAGUAAUAAGCAUAACAAACACAUAACACACAGCAAUAGCAACUACACCUUCUCCUCCUCAACAAACAACACAACAACGCCAACGAGCAACAACAACAACAAUCACAACACACACCUAACAACACCCAUAACAAGUCUAACAACAACAACCACACACACGAAACAAACAAACAACAAUUCAACGUACAACUCCUCAAAUCAUGCGAAUAUUCUUAGCUUUACCGAAACGGAGGAAGUGCUACAAAUCGGAAUGCAUAAGGUGCUCGUCUAUGUGAAGAAUCAUCGGGAUGCAUGGCCCUUCAUGGAUCCCGUCGAGGAGGACAUUGCGCCACGUUACUACUCCAUCAUCAGAAGACCCAUGGAUCUGCUGAAAAUGGAGGACAAAUUGGACAGUGGAGAAUAUCACAAAUUCAGCGAAUUUCGGAAUGAUUUUCGCUUAAUUGUGAACAAUUGCAGAUUGUAUAAUGGGCACAAUAAUGAGUACACAGAGAUGGUUAAUAAUCUGCAGGAUGCCUUUGAUAAGGCGACCAAGAAAUACUUCGAUAAUCUCUCUGAUGACGAAGACGAUGAUCCGAAUUUAAGUUACCCCGCCGCCGAUUCCAAAAUGAAUGUAUUCCGCGAGAAAUACUUCAAGAAAAAGGUGAAAGACGAGGAGAAAGCAGGCGAAUCCUCGGUCAACUCAGCGUCCAGUAAACGUUUGCCCGACAGCAGCACCGAGGAGGAGCAACAGCACAGCGAUACGGAGGCGCCGGCGGAGGGAACAGCACAUGCGCAAAAGCGCAAACGUAAGGAGAAGGAUAAACGGCGUAAAAAGAAGACGAAAAGCAAGGUGGAGAGAAGCGCCAACAAUGAGGAUCUGGACACGGAUGAGGAGGAUUUGGAGGCAGAGCCACCACCACCGCCACCUCCAGCGCCAACACAAGCGGUAAAGAAAAGCAAAACCAAUAAAGUACUUAAGGAUAAAUCUAAAGACAAGGACAAAGAGAAAGACAAAGAUAAGGAGAAGGAUAAGGACAAGGAAAAGGAAAAGGACAAGGAGCUGGCGUCCUCGAGCAAGCGUGGACGCAAAGCGAAAGGCAGCAAAUCCACACAGUCAAGCAAGUCCAGCAAAACACAAAAGACCAAAAAAACAGGGAAAAAGUCAACGCCCGAAACGGAAUCCGAAUCGGAGCUUAGUGCGCCGCCAAGCGAUCGUGGCGAGUCCAGUGACGAUGAGGAACUGGCGUUGGCUAAGGUGAAAUCGUUGGUGAAGCCAACAGCACGCACGAUAGCGGCACAGAAGAAGAAAAUGGUGCCGGCGGAGUCGAAAGUAAAGACACCAACGCCCGUCAAGCGACAGCCAAAGAGCAAGAAAGGUGGACGCAGUCGAACCAAAGGGGAUCGUGAUCUGGAUGAUCACGAUGAUGAUAGCUCCAUGUCGGAUAUCAAUGUGAAAAAGCAGCUGCCACCAACAGCUGCUGCGGCCUUGGCUGAAUCAGCUGCUGAUCUCGAGGAGGACGACAACGAUGAUGAUGAUGUUGACGACGAUGACGAUGCGUCACGAUCUCGCAGCAUGUCGCCCUUUAAAGUUGAUCUUCACAAGAAAUACUCGAAGAGUGCACUCAACGAUGAUCUGUCCGAGCUGCUGACAACCGUCAAGAAGGUGACCAGCGCCGAGACAACAAAGCUGAGCGCUCGUCACGAAGGUGAUAAAUCCGAUCAGGAUUCAGAAACAGAUUUCAUGUCACUGGCCAGCUGUAGCAGCUCCGAUGAACGACGACGUCGUCGCUCGCCGCACGUUGCAAAGCGUGGCAAGAAAACAGAUUCACCGCCAGCCAAAAAGGAAAAGGAAAAAGAAAAAGAGAAGGAGAAGGAAAAAGACAAAGAGAAGGAUAAAAAACGCAGCCAAGACAAAGAGAAGGAUAAAGAUAAAGAUAAGGAGAAGGACAGGGAUAAAGAUAAAGACAAAGACAAGGACAAGUCACGAAAGUCCAAGAAGAACUCAGCUGAGUCAGCAGCUGCUUUGGCCGCUGCUGCCGAGCAGGCGGAGCUGGAAAUGUUGUUGCCCUUCAUGGACAAGUACGAUGUGAUCAAGUAUCGACGCAGUCGAGCAGCUCUCAGUGGUUCUAGUGCAUCCAAUUCGUUGGUGCCCUCCGAGGACUCCAAGUCGAAUAGUGCCAAGAGCUCCACAUCCAAAAAGAAGCGAGAACAUGCGCCUGAGCCACCAGCGGAACACAAGCGUGGACGCAAGAGCAAGGAGCAGAAGCACGCCAAGGAGGCUAGUCGCGAAGUGGAGAAGUCAAGCAAGGCGGAGAAACGCGAGAAGUCUGAGGAGAAGCCCAAAAAAGCGGAGACGCCAAAAAACAGCGAAAAGCCACCGCGAGAACUGACGCCACCGCCAACGCCGCAGCCGCCGCCAGUCGCAAAACCUGAGUCAACUGCUGGCAAGGAAGCGGCAAGCAAGUCUAGUGGCACUACUGCCACCGGAGCCAACGCUAGCAACGCCAAAGCCAAGGAGACUGCUGCCAAAGCGAAUAGCAAGAAACGCAAUGCUGACAAACAAAUGCCGCCGCCACCGAAGCCCGCUGAUAAAAGCAAUGAAAAAUCCGCUGGCAACAAGAAGCUGACGGGAAAGAAAGCGGCUGCAGCUGCACAGAAAGCUGGCCAAGCUGCGGCCAGCAACAAUGCGAAUCUGGAGGCUUUGGAUGUGGAGACUGAGCAAACGCUGAAGGACAUCAAUCGCUGGCUUGAGCAUACGCCGCGUUUCUCCGAGUUCAGCUCUGCGAGCAAUUCGCCAUCUCGCUACAAUCUGCUGGAUGACUUCGAUUCGGGUAUUGGUAGCAAACUGGAUGCGGCAGACUUUAGACGACCUGUUGCACUGGCUGCUCCCAAAGCGGAGCUGGUGCCCACCAAGUUGGCGGAGGCCCUCAACGAUCUGGUCAGUGAUACUACAACCAAACCAGGAGCCAAAUCGGAAACGGAAACAUUGCCCACGGCCAGCAGCGUAAGCAGCAGCUGUGGCACUCCGCCGCAUUCGAUGCACUCGGGCAACUCCAUUGGCAGCACAUCAGCGACGGCGGCCAGCUCUAGUUCCGCUUGCUCCAAUUCCAAUUCGGCAGUUUCUGCGCCACAGGCACAGACGGCACCUCCAGUAGUCAGUCCUCCCGUUGCAGCAGUAGCGACAUCAGUGCCGCCAGUCAAGACCAAGGAGCCGAGCACCACACAGCUGUUGUUGGUGCCGCCACCGCCACCGCAUAUCAAGCAACAGAUGGCGAAGGAGGCGAAACGCAAGUCGCUGAAGGAAAAACUUGCUGUCACAGCUCAGGCGCAACAGGCAAAGGCCAAGGCGAAUGUAAUGCGCACCAUUGAGCGCCUGCAGCCAGGCAAGACCAAGGGAAAUCUUAUACAAAAUGUGAGCAAGACUGAGGAGACGGAAACGUUAGUCUCGCCGGUUGUUAGCAAAACCAAGGAUCCCAAGAAUGCGCUUAUUACAGAGACUGAUGAUGGAGCACCUAAACUCAGCCUGGGCACAGUGAUCAAAACGCAGGACUUUGCAUUGGGCAAAACCUUAGAAGAGUUGGCGGGCAAAAAGCAAACGCAGGAAUCGGAAAGUACACCUAAAGAGAAUUCCGAAGAUUCGACGGCUUUGUCACCAAGUAAGGAGCCAACGAAACCUUUUGAGGCGCUCAUGGAACUCAGCAAAGUCAGCAGCGAGUUGUCGUCGAAGGCUGCAUCGGAGGCCAAAGAGAAACCCGAUUGGAGUGCCUGGCUCAAAGCGUUUGGGGGACCUAAGGUUAAUAAGAAGUCCAGCGACGAAGAGAAACAGCAAACGCCACAAUCCUUGGCACAGGAUGAUACACGCGUAGCACCGCCAGCUCAUUCACCAGCUGCUGGGGAGAACAACUUCUCGCUGCCAGUUGUGAUGCGGACUCGCAAACCCAGCACAGGCAGCACCAACUCGGAGCGCAGUUCCUUUAGUCAGGAUCCCGACUCGCCGCGCAUAGCUAUCGAUGAGCGUUAUGGAUCCUAUGCGGCAGGUUCCUAUACAUCGCCUAUUGGUGCCUCGCCGAUUGGUGCUUCGCCCAUUAUGGUGUCGCCUAAGCCCAACGAUGACAUGGGCAAACCAGCAUCGCCGUAUACGCUGAAUGGCGCUAUUAAGGUUGGCUUCUAUCAGGACACCACCACGAAGAGCAGUCCGGACAAGAGCUGUAGUCCGCGCGAGAUGAACUCGCCAUAUCCACAAUACUCGCAACAUAUUUACUCAUCCGCCUCCUCGCCAAAUGUUUCCACACCGGAACUGAGCGGCACUUCGCCUUAUGGUGGUGGCAAUAGCUAUAAUCCAUCGGGCUCUGAGGCAUCGAAGACACCAGCAUACUCCUCCACCUCACCGUUGCCUAUUUACGAUCAGUACAAGCAGCCUCGAUCACAGGAAUCCGAUUACAACUCCUCGAUGAGUCCGAGUACACCAAAUCCGCAUUCACCUUACCAGCAGCCACAGAGUUCGCCCUACACCACGCCGCACUCGUCGCAGAUGUCUCCGUAUCACGCCCAGUCGCCUUAUCAUCAGCCCACACAGCAUCCGCAGCAACAGCAGCAGCAGCAACCCUCGCAUAGUCCCACAGCGCAACAGCAGCAGGCGCUUAGUCCGAUGCCCAGCAGCGUGGAUUCACC